UGUACAUACACACAUACAUACAUACAUACGUACACAGCGUAAUCAGAGUCGCAAGUCCAAAUUUCGAAGUUUGAUUGCGGCCGUUCGAUUAGAAGCGAAUAGAGAAUCUAAUUGUGCGUACGUGAUUGACGUAUGUAUGUGUUCGAAGAGUAAUUAACUGUAUCAAAUAUGCAAUCGACGAAAAUAAUAAAUUUUCUUCAUCGCACCUGCAGGAUUCAAAAAAAUGCGAGAACUAUCGCUUCCCUCUCAUCAUUGCCUGAAACCCAUCAAAUGCUCUACAAAACAUGCAGAGACUUUGCCGAAGCAGAGUUAAAACCAAUUGCGGCGAUGACUGAUAGAGAACACCGUUACCCGGCAGAUAAGAUACAAAAGAUGGGGGAGCUGGGUCUGAUGGGUAUAACAACUCCUGAAAGUCUAGGUGGAACUGGACUGGAUUACCUAGCAUAUGCAAUUGCCAUGGAAGAGAUAUCGAGGGGUUGUGCAAGCGCUGGAGUUAUAAUGAGCGUAAACAAUUCAUUGUACUUGGGUCCGAUAGAGAAAUUUGGUAAUCAGAAGCAAAAAGAGAAAUUUAUCACCGGUUUUACUAAUGGUAAGAAGGUCGGUUGCUUUGCUCUGAGCGAACCAGGAAAUGGCUCAGAUGCUGGGGCUGCGUCGACAACUGCAAAGUUAGAAGGAGAUACUUACAUAAUCAAUGGCACCAAGUGCUGGAUCACAAACGGAUUCGAGUCCGAGGCUGUAGUUUUAUUUGCCACCACAGACAAGUCUAAAAAACACAAAGGAAUCAGUGCUGUGAUUGCGCCAAAACCAAUUAAUGGCCUAAGCCUAGGAAAAAAAGAAGACAAACUUGGAAUUCGGGGUAGUAGCACGUGUUCUUUGAUAUUCGAAGACUGUGUUGUACCUGAAGAGAAUCUGUUGGGCAAGUCAGGAAUGGGCUUCAAGAUUGCUAUGAUGACCCUGGAUGCUGGUCGAAUAGGAAUUGCCAGUCAGGCGCUAGGAAUCGCACAAGCAUCUCUAGAUUGUGCAAUGGAAUAUGCAUCAAAGCGAAUAGCGUUUGGAAAAUCUAUAUUGAAAUUACAAGCAAUUCAACAAAAAAUUGCUGACAUGUCGCUAAAACUUGAUAGCGCGCGUCUUCUCACCUGGCGGGCAUCUUACUUGAAGGAUAAUAAUAAACCGUACACAAAGGAAGCAGCUAUGGCAAAACUAGCUGCGUCUGAAGCUGCAACGUUCUGUGCACAUCAAUGCAUCCAAAUUUUAGGAGGCAUGGGAUAUGUAACAGAUAUGCCUGCAGAACGUCAUUACAGGGAUGCAAGAAUUACUGAAAUUUAUGAAGGAACUUCGGAAAUACAGAGACUUGUGAUUGCAGGAAACCUUAUUAAAGAAUAUGGUUUUAAUUAGUAGUAUUAUACCUUUAGUUUGCCAAACGUGCUGCUCGAAACAUAAUCCACUUCACAAUUGCUUUUGCAAUCAAGUAUUGUGCUACCGAUACUGGCACAUUUUUAAGCACUUUUUUUUUGCCACUGAAGACAUACCCUACGUGUUGCAUCGGAAAUCUGGAAUAAAACACUCCACAUAUCAAAAUGGAGUGUAUUCGAUUUUCGUAAUUAAUCAAUUGUGAUAAUAACUACAAACAUACUUUGGGACCGAUUAUUUCAAACCAUGACCUUCGAGUAAUUAAACAAUCAAAAUCAUGGACACAUAUAUUUACUACGUUCGUUGCAACUUAUCACAAACAAAUAACUUUGCGAAUUACUGGGCAGUUAAUUCUAUAUAUUGAGUUGUAACCUGUACUUUUUAACUCGUACGGUUUUCACAAAUUG